AUGACGUCAAAAAUAGAUAUAAACCCUCAAAAGAAUGAUAAUGACUCACUCAUACAGUAUGCCCUGACAUCGGAUGACUAUUUGGACCAAUUUGCACCUAUUAUAAAAGCUGAAUUAGCGAACAAAGAGUCUCUGGAUGAUCUGAUAUCGAGACUUGAUUCCGCGUACAAAGAAAAAGAAGACACUCUUGAAGGAGCUUCCUUUACUUCAGUAGACAAGCUGACCAGCUCAAUUGAAAAUAUAUCUCAAGUAUCGAAAUCUGCGGGGCAAAUAGGUCAAGAGAUUGCGUCCAUUAAUGACCAGGUCAGGAAGACAGGAUUGGAUUAUCUGGAUAAAAAGAAAACUGCCCUCAAAUACAAACGGCUUCACAACAAGAUUUCCGAGACUACGUUGACAAUUAACUCGUGCCUGGAUAUGCUUGAUAAAACAAACAGAGUCUUUGAAUUAUUUCACAACAAAAGCUAUUUUAAGGCUUUAAUCAAUUUGAAUUCGCUGAUGAAAAGUCCGUCUGAAGAUAUUGAAAUGUUCGAAUUCACUCGGAAAAUUCAUAACUCGCUUCCGGCGAUCAAGCAGCUUAUCAUCGAUGAGACAUUCCACCAGCUAAUAAGAUGGUUUAACGUCAGCUUUGAAAAAAAUCUUACUACGAUCGGAGAACAAAUGUUUGAGCAUUUUGAAAAGCUCAAUCAAGCAUGGGCUGAACAACAAGAGCAGGAUGAAAGCUUACUCCCGUUUAAGGUAAACACACCUUUGGAAAGGGCUUUCAGAGAUGAUGAGCUCAAAUCUUUCAACCCCCUCUCAAAUGACAAAAUCCAAAUCGAUCUUGGUCCCGUUUAUCAUUCUACGAUGGUAUUCGAGCUGAUUGAUGAAUUUGAUAGACUCAAAGAUGACUUUUCCAAUGAACUGCUUCGCAAGCGUGAUCGGCUGAUCUAUCCUAUACGAGAGGCUCUCGCGACGCUGAAAUUCGACAUGUUUUCCAACAACGAGUCUCUAAAAAUUGUCAUUUACUCGCUCGCUGCCUUUUUCGUGGUGGAUAGAAUGAUCGCAGCCAAAACGGAAUAUCAAUUGAGAAACAAAAAACAAACAGAUGAUCUCUUCAGUUCCGUCAUCACAAAGUUCAUCCCAAUACUGAAGGGACAUAUUAAGAAGUAUCAUGAUGACUUUCAAAACUUGAAGGAUCUAAACGAGAUAGUCGGCAUAUUUGUCCAGAUCCUAGAGAAUUAUGAGUUCAAUGUGGAAGCACUUUAUGAGGUGCUUAUUACGCUGUUUCAACAAUACAUCAACACUUUGACUAAAGACUUUGAGCUUGAUUAUCAAAACCUAUCUCUGGAGGAGAACCCACAGCCUAUCACUAUCGAGAAUAAGACGCAGUUGAACAAUGUUCAGACAAACUGUUUCCACAAAUUCAAGGAUAGCAUAACGGAGUUUCCGGUUGUACUUCCGUUCUCCAUAAUCUAUGUGGCUACUUGUCUGAAGUUGAGGGGAUUUAUUCAUGAUGUUUACGCAUUCGUUGGAAAAUACUAUGCCCAUCAAAAUUCGGAAAUACUGAAGCUUAUUGGCAAAUCUAUUGAUCACGUUCUCAUAAAUAUCGUGCUAAAGGAUCUCAAAACAAAAAUUGACUCUUCCUAUAAAGAGGAAGUGUCCCAGAAUCUCAUUAAUCUGGAGUUCUUUUCCAGAUCAGUGGUCGAAAUCGAGAAUUAUUUGAACUACUCCAGCGAUCCCACCAUCGCGAGAUGCAGGUCAUCGUCGCUAUUAAUUCGCCUAAGGUCUCAGAAAGAAUUCCAAACAAUACAAUCGAAAGCAGAAGAAGGAAUGUUCGAUAUGGUGGACUCCAAAAUUGAUAUGCUAUUUGAUAUGGUCGAUUUUGAUUGGGAGUCCAAGAAAGUCAACGAGGAGCCUAGCAUCGGUAUCAAGGAUAUGGGGCUAUUUCUGGAAAACAUAUUCAUGCUUGACUUUUCGCACCUUCCCUACACAAUCAAAUCCCUGUUGCUGAUCAGAACAUUCGACAAAAUCGUUACUUUCUUCAAACAAUCGAUCUAUCAGACUGAUUUUAUAACAAGCGAAAGCAUAAUGAAUUUUGAGACCGACAUCAAAUAUAUUGAGUCUAUUAUUCCUGGUCUCAAGCAACAGAAAACAUCGACGCGGCACCUGACUGCAGAUUCGGAGACUUCGAACUCGACUUUCCAGACUAUAUUUGCUGGCUUGACGCAAAUCAUAGACCUUUUGAAGGACGGAAAUCUAGAAGCCUACAAAGAUGAGACUACGCGAAUGCGUAAAUUCAAUACGAUUGCGCCGGAAGAAGCGAUCGAGUUGAUUCAGAAACUUGAGAACUAUCAGGUGCUAAAACGCGAGAUGUCAGAGCCUGAGCAACAAGAACAUGCUGAUCCCAAUAAUGGAACGAAUGGAGAUUCCGCGCGGUCUAUGUUCGGCUUCAAGAGAUCAAAUACCACCGCGUCUCUUACAUCUCCUUCAAAAAUGUCAAUGUUCAAAAGGCAGAUUUCUUAG